AUGGCUUUCCAGACGGAUGUUCUUCGCGAUGGCGAGUGGGUUACGGAAACGGUCGCUAUCAACGAUAUGCUCAAGGCAGGUACCAACAACAAACCCAGUGUACCGGAACAGCAUAUCGACCAACCCCCAACUAUUGGCAUUCUUACCAAAACCGUCAUUGAGAGUCCUGUAGCACACUGGAUGCUUCCUGUGCGGCUACGGUCUGCACAGCAUAUGGACGUUGCCGUUAUUGGAGACCACUAUGUGCAAAUCAGUGAACUAGGACGAGAUGGCCGGCUUCGCAACAUUGUUCGCAAGACCGAUUUUGGGUCCCGUAUUCGAAAUGCCAAGGUCAUUGGUACAUCCCCAGAGAGCGCCACUGACGAUGAAAACGACGAGGUUCAGGUCCAUAUCAAGACUGAAAUAGACGAUUCCAAGCUGGACAAUGAUGACAACAACAGCACAUCUGGCGAUGAGGAAAUGGGGGGCAUGAAGCCACAUCGGUCGACCGACAAGGCAGUCGGACUGAGUUUACCUCCACAACAACUUCUCGUCGUGCUCGAAAGCGGCGACUGUGUUUUCCUUUUCAUCCACCCCCAAAGCGGCGACAACCCCAUAUUCGUGUCGACACAUUGCCAGCCACUCAGUAACCGAAUCGUGCAGCCCGGGUUCCACACAUGCGUCGAUCCCAGCUCUCGAUACAUGGCUGUUGCCUGCCCAGAAAACCUUUUCAUUGUACACGAGCUGGAGUCCUCUCAAAAGCUCAACGACGCAUACUCACGAAACAAACCAUUGAAACCCAUCAAAUACUCCCGCCCCCGUGCCGUGCAGGGCGUCAUACACAAGAUGGAGUUCUUGUAUCCACGUACCGAAGACGACUACCACAUCAUUCUCCUACUCAUUAUCGUCAACAAUGGAAAGUCUCGGAUGGUAACGUACGAAUGGGAAGCUGGUGAUAACCUAGCAGCUGUAUUCAGGGACGAGAAGAGGGGGCACCCGCUCCCUCCACAACAUCAGAUGCCAAUCUUGAUCGUGCCUCUGACGCUUCACUCCGCUUUUUUUGCUAUAUCAGCACGUCAUAUUGGCGUUUGCAAGGAUGCACUCAAUCUCCCCACCGAGUUCGACGACUUUGCAAUGGAAGUACACGAAACAUCGCGAUUUCACCAUGGUCGCGGUAUUCCCUAUUGGGCAGCGUGGACGCGGCCAUACCGGCUCCCCACAUACAACACAACACGAGACAGCAUCUACCUUGCACGGGAAGAUGGCGUUGUCAUGUUUUUGGAUAUCAACUCUGACAACAUUCUCGGUGCGUCGGUGGAGAUUGGAAAAUUUGAGUGCAAUAUCGGCACAGCAUUUUGCAGCUUGUUUGACGACUUCAAUGAUAUUUUGAUAAUGGGCGGUGACUCCGGCCCGGGCACAAUAUGGCAGAUCCGACCUCGGCAGCCCAACAUGCAGCUUGGGAAAAUACCAAAUUGGUCCCCAGUCGUUGAUUUUGUGACCACCGACGAAUUUGCCACGGUCAAUGGGCUAGUUGGAGCCAAAGGAAACAAGAUAGAGGCCAGGAGUCGCGACGCAAAUAGACUGUCUGCUGCUCCUCACUUGUCAAGUCCAGACCGCAUUUUCAGUACUUCUGGUCGUGGUGUUACAGGAGCCAUCACCGAGUUUCGACACGGCUUACGCGCAGAUUUGGGCCUUGAAGUCGACUAUCCCGUACCUGUCAAAACGGCUUGGAUAUUUGCAACACGAACCGACGACUAUGACAUCGAGUUUCAAGUUUUAAUCUCUUUGGUUGACAAGUCCGAGGUCUUCUAUUUAUCCGCCGAUCUCGCCCAAGUUGGUAUUCACGAAGAAGGGACCACGUUAUACGACUUGGAAUCCCGGACGCUGGUCGCAGCACAGUUGUCCGAAGACGUGAUCGUGCAAGUGACGGAAAACUAUGUUGUCUUUUCCGGCCCCAGCUCAAGCUCAAGACACCUGCACACCAACACCUUUCAGAAGCCACAAGUUACAGUCAUAGAUGCUUGCAUAUUUGGAGACCUUUUGGCUAUCUCAACUCUAGUAGGGACUGUGUUUGCAGGACACCUACUGCAGCUCAAGCCGGACAAAACUGUUGUCAUAGUGGAGACAUUUGAAUUACCGGGUGAUGCUACCUGCCUCAGCUUGUCUUCAUUCUUGGGGUCGCCAUAUAUCGUCGUCGGUCUCAUGGUCAAUGGAAGUCCGUCAAUUUUGAUUUAUCACGUCAAAGACGGCGAAAAAUCGCAGUCGAUGCUUAUUGAUCCAGGAAGCGUCAUUGUGCCUACGGACUAUUACUUUGCUAACAACGACAUAGAUGAGUUUACUAAAAUUUUGCAUGGCCAAUCCGAUGGGGGGAAUCCUCUGUUGAAUCGACCUCUCGAAUCAAUCAGCAGUGUCGCCCUGCUGCCCCGACGUGAAAACGAAGCUGCAAUCGUGUUUGGAACAAGAGCAGGCGAUCUAGUGACCCUAAUUCUUGAUGAAUCGGGGGUUUUCUCCGGAAAUGUAGAAAGAAUCGGCCCAAGUACGGUGCAAGUUGUCAUCCUCGACGACGUUUACCUCGGAAAAGCAGUUCUGGCAACAUGUGAUGGCCGGAUUUCUAUGCAUUACGGCUCCGGAGAGAAGGCGGCCACGUGCCGAUCGACACACACAGUCUGGCCAUUUGAUGCCGCUGCCCUCAACAAGCCAGCACCACAUAUCAACAGCGUGACUGUGCUAACCGGCGGUCUGCCUGGCCGCCUAAACAAAACGCAACUUGUGCUUUCGUCAACAAAACAAUUUAUGCUGGCAGAACUGCACCCUCAGCCGGGGCCGGUUCAACGUAGCUUACCACUCAACGGCACGCCUGCCAAGGUGAUCUACUCCCACACGCUUGGCUGCUUGGUUGUAGCAAUCAAGGACCUUGAAAAUCGGCCCACGCUCCAAUUUAUCGAUCCCGACACUGGAGAAGACCAAUCGAUGCCGACCGACAAAAAUGGCGAGGCCGUUGAGUUCGUAUCCGGCCUUGGCAAAUCAGGCGACCAGAUACUGUCGCUAGGUGAGUGGAACUACGAACGGCAGGGAGACAAGUGGGUAUUUUUGCUUGUUUGCACGAAGGGUGGGCGUUUCCUCAUCCUUUCUACGACACGCACCAUUGUCGACCAGCAACCAAAAGUCAAGUACUGGACGCGAUACAAAAAGAUCUUUGCCGAGCCCGUGCAUUCUGUUGUCAGCCGAGGUGAGGAUGUAUUCUCCUGUGUGGGCUCGACGAUUUACUGGGACAAAUUGGAUCUAGAGGUGAAGCGUCUAAGCACAUGCGGGACGUUCGAGUUAAAUUCAUCUGCAACAUCUCUCCGGAUUGUCAAUCACAAGCUCGUUGCAGUGACCGACGACGAUGGCUCGGUCGAGAUCAUCGACAUAUCCGAUGGCGCUCCAGGCGAGAUGGCACUGUACCACGGAGACUCGGAGCAAAGGUCUGCAACCCACAUGAUUGAGAUCGGCAGCAAGAUAUCAGGCAACGAUCUUGAUACGUCUCUACUUCUGGUGUGUGGUCGCGAUGCGACGGCUUCCGGAUUGUGGAUCCCAUGGCGGCAACCGGGGAAAGACUGCUCAGUGAUUUUCGAAGCCGACUUGCCCGCGUCGGUGCGUAAACUUGUGCGUGGACGGACUCGUCCAAGCUGGCAGCAGGCUCGGCGCGAGGUGCAGUACGGUCUCGUCCCAAGUACGCCUGACGAAGCAGAAAUCCUAGGUGUAUGCCUCGAUGGGUCUUUGCAACACUUUACGCUCCUUGACCUACCGAUAUGGCGCCUUCUACGACUUGUGCAUGAAUUCGCAUUAAGCUCGCCAGUUCUCUUUCCUUUUACGUACGAUGAAAACGACGAAGACGACGACUAUGAAAACGAUUCAAGAACAAGUGACAGUACAGUUAUGCACAUUGAUGGAGAUAUGCUACAACGGUGCUUGGACAAACGAGCCCUCGAGCAGCUCUUCGCGAAGCCUUCACGCGCCGCCAAACUAUAUGCCGUACUUGAGAAGCUCGACAAUGGUGUCUUAACGGCAGGCUUCGACCACCUGCAAGGACCUACCUUAAAUGCAGGGACGCAUUCUGAGGCGAAUGGAACACACGAACCAGCUCUCGAUGAGCGAACUCGCAGAUGCAUCAAGUUGCUCUACACUAUUUUGGAGUACUAUCUGCAACCGGCCAUCUGA